GUAGGUUAUCACCACUAUCUCCUUUCACACCAUGGUGGAUUUUGCGGAUUUCCCAACCAUCAAUCUCUUUCUUGCAAAGUACUUCUAUGACAAUGAUACAUCGCCAUGGUAAGGUCUCAAGCCAAUGGAACAAUUAUAACUCAUAAGUUUUUCUCCACUUAAUAUCAUGUCAUUAGCACAAAUGCGAUAAAGAGGAUACACCAUGUUCAAACUCAUUUCAAGACAGACGAGGACCCAAAGGAAGAGACAAAUAAAACCUUCACAAACCCACCACUUGAACCCCAAAACCGAAACCAAAAAGAAUUCGCGCUCCCUCACUCUUUCGACAGCCAACAAUGGCGAACCUGAGGACGGCGAUGGACUCAGCCUUCUGGGACUUGAACGUUUCUUCGCCUCAGACCCUUGAGGGCUCGGCCAAGGCCGUUCCCGGCGACCCCUUUCCUCUCGACGGUGCUCGAGCCAGCCGAGCCCUUAGGAUUCAGCAACUCUUUCUUCUGGGUGUUAUAGCUUCCUACAACCCCAAUUCUUAGGACUUUGGUUCUUUCUCUCACCAGUCUCUGCUCAGACCAGCUACCUCUAACUGGUGGCUUGGAUUAAUUGGGCAGUUCCGCCCGAAGAAACUCUUUUCUUGUAUUAAAGCUGAAGUUACCAAUGAUGAGAUGGGGGUCCCUACUUUGAAAGAUGUGGUGAAGCGUGUCUUGGACAAGUCACUUUAUUCGUUUGGAUUAUGCACACAGCUUCUUUCGUCUCCGUCCUCAUCCAUAAAGUUGAGCACAGAAGGACAUGGUGAGAAAAAAGGACGCCGCAACAAAUUGAUGCUCUUUCAUAAGCUUCCUUACCAUGAUAUUACACUUGAGGCUGCAUGGCCUGAACUUUUAGUUGACCAUAAGGGAAAAUACUGGGAUGUGCCUGAGUCAAUUUCCUUAGAUAUGUCAUCACUUGUCUCCAAAUCUGGAUUGCAGUACCACAUUGGUGUACAUAAAAACAGUGGUCAUCCCCAGGCAGUUAAUUCCAUAGAUGAUGAGGCACCUCCUUCUCUAAUGCCUGGAUUCUGCGCAAAGGCUGCCUUUUCUUAUGAAAAAAGCCAAGAUCUUUGGAGUCAAAAUGAGACACGAAAAGACAUCAUGAUACAGAAAGAAAAGGGUUUGUUUUGGCGGCCAUCUUAUGAUGUGCGUCUUAAAGAACCUCAUGCUGCAGUAUAUGGAGUUUUUGGUGGAAGCUGCACUGCCUGGUUUCAGGAUGGGUACAACCCAGUGGCAGUUGAUCUGAGGGGAGACGAGGGCAAUUCUUGGAGCAGUAAGAAGAGGAGUCGAUUCAGUGCUGAUUUUUUGGGCUCUCUUUGCUAUACUUUCCAGCACGGAAAAUUUGGAGAGCUCUACGGUGAUCUGACCAGGAUUGAUGCUCGCCUGGAUAUUUGUUCAGCUUCAGGUUUGGCUAAAAGGGUGAUUAAUGGUUUGAAGAGUUCCUCAGCUAACAGUGCAAAAGAUCUGAUGUCCUCCCCUAGGAUCAAUCUAAUCUUUCAGCAGCAGGUAUUUCUAUUUAUUCCUUAACUUUUUAAAUGUUUCACACCUUAAGUUGUAAGAGAUAUUUUAAAUGCAGUUAUGCACAAUGUGUUACAAAACCUGCAUCGUCCCCAUCAAAUCCUCAAAACAAAUCUUCCUCAAAAUAUUCCAUCUUCACCUCCAAAAUACCC